GGCUGUAAACACGCUAAUAGUGUAAUUUGCACGUGUGUGUUUCGAUUUUUUUUUGAAUUCAAUUUUAAGAAUUCUAGACUAGACCUGAUUGAAAAAACAAUGCCUUUUUUCAUUCGUAACAAAGCAAAAUCAUUGAAAAAUAAGACACGUGUCAAAAAUGGCCACACUACUACAAGUGAAAAGAAAUUUAAAUCAUCCAAUAAAAAAGUUCAACCUGCUGAUCUAGAUGAAGAAAUUCUUAGUGACGACCUCGAAGACGAUGAAGAUGAUAUUGUCAGUGAGAAUGAUUCGCUAGAUGAUAAUGAUGGCAGUGGUGGUCGAAGAAAGAAACGAAAAAAUGAUGAACGAAUCGAAUUGUCCGAAGAUGAAAAUGAAACAGCACAAGAGAAAAAGAUACGAUUGGCCAAAAAAUAUCUUUCUCAUUUGGAACAGUCAGAAAUGUUUGAUAGUAGAAAAGAUGACGAUGAAGAUGAUGGUGACUUGGACGAUCGAUCGAAUCUUAUAUCAUCACAUUUGAAAGAAUCGGUUUUAGAAAAAUUGGGUAAACUUCAUCGAACUGUAGCUCAUCGAUAUGGUCCAAUCGAUGAUUUAUCCAAAUUGAUUGUAAUGAAAAAUGGCCACAAAAAAGCUAUCACAGCAGUGGUUGUCAGUAAUGAUGGUCGUUUUGUAUUUUCUGCAUCCAAAGAUUGUAAUAUUGUCAAAUGGAAUCUUAACAGUGGUAAACGUUUACAUACGAUCUACGGAAAUCAUCGUGCCAAUCCUGAAACGUAUAACAAAGGUCAUACAGCAAGCAUACAAUCAUUGGCUCUGUCAACGGAUUUUAAAUUUUUAGCUUCAGGAUGUAAAAAUAAAGUGAUUCAUAUUUGGAAUCCUGAAACUAUGAUUCACAUUCAUACAUUUCGUGGACAUCGUGGAUCAAUUACAGGUCUUGCAUUUCGCCGAUCAUUUCAUCAGUUAUUCAGUUGUUCUGAAGAUAGAAUGAUAAAAGUAUGGAAUCUAGAUGAAAUGGGUUAUGUGGAAAGUUUAUUUGGUCAUCAUGAUUCCAUUACGGCCAUUGAUUCAUUUGUGCGUGAUCGUUGUAUUACUUCGGGUGGCCGUGAUGGUACUAUUCGACUGUGGAAAAUUCCGGAAGAAUCCAAUCUUAUUUUUCUUACCGGUGGUAUGGCCACGAUUGAUUGUGUUCGAUUUAUUGAUGAAUCGCAUUUUAUUUCGGCUUCCGACGAUGGAUCAAUAUCAUUAUGGGCUAUAUUUAAAAAGAAACCUUUGCAAACUAUAUCACAAACACAUGAACCAAAUCAUUGGAUUACAUCGUUAGCAUCGUUAAGGAAUACCGAUCUUUUCGCAUCAGGUUCACAUGAUGGUCGUAUAAUAUUUUGGAAAAUUAAACCUGAAUUCAAAGGUUUCGAACGAUUAUUCGAUUAUAAAGUGGAUGGAUUCAUCAAUUCAAUGGAAUUUACCACAAGUGGUCAAUAUCUAAUAGUGGCUAUAUCACAAGAACAUCGUUUAGGACGAUGGUUUGAAAGAUUUAAAAAUGUUCAUAAUGUUUUACAUAUAAUUCCUAUGAAUGUGAUCGAAUCAUCCUCGUCAUCAUGAAUUUGGAUUAGUUUUUUUUGGCACAUCUUUAUGCUAUAGUCCAGAGAAAAAAAGGGCAACGAUCUCUUUAAUCGUCGAUUCUAUCACACACACACAUACACGCAGAGAGAGUCGAAAGUGAAACAAUUCGAUGUUUUAUUACUGUCUGUUGAAUUAUUGUGUUUAAACCAUCACCCUCCACAUAGACAAUCGUUCGGAAAUCAAUCUAACCACAAGCGCACAUUAUCAACAACAACAAACACCUGUUGGUGAAUAAAAAAAAAAUUUCUAUGGAAUCAUUAUGUGUUUUUUCCGUUUGUGAAAAUGUCAUUCACUCAUUUUAAUCACAAGGUUGUAAACAUUUUUCUCGAUGGAAAAAUGUUUACAUCUCUCUAAUUGAAA